AGUGUAUAUCAAGGUUCGUGUUGUAGCUCCCACGCGAUUUCAUGUAGAUUAUUCACAAAUAAUUCGGCGUAUAAAGACUUUUGUGCUACCUGGGCGAUAGUAGAUUGGUACAUCAUCGAAUGUUGUGUAGCCGUUAUCUCUUACUUUUCCCUUUAAUAGUCAGUAUAGUCUCACAGUGCUUUAUAAUUCGGAGAAACUUUAAAAGUCACACUCUUCAAGGCUCCACUCACAUGUUUAACCGCCUUGCUGUUAGAGGAAAAGGCUCAGAAAUCCUUGCAAAUUCUAGAGACUUAUUCAAUAAUAUUCAAAAAAGUUUGAAUAAUAUGGACGACAUCUACUCAAAUGAGGAUGCUGUUCAACAUAUUGACCUCGCAGGGGAGCAGCCAGAAGGCUCAUUUCCCGUCUAUCUCAAAGUUUACGAUCUCUCACAUGGGCUUGUAAAAACGAUUUCACUACCACUACUCGGCUUCUUACUAGAAGGGGUCUGGCAUACCUCGAUAGCAAUUCAUGGAAAUGAAUACUUUUUUGGCGACGGAAUAAAAUAUAACGAGGAAAGUCUAUGUGAAAGAAUUACGGCACAUCCACUCAUUAGAAGAAUCAAACUUGGAUAUACCUUUAUAACAAAGGAAGUCUUCGAUGAUUACAUUAAAACCCUCGGAACACAAUUUUCAAAAGAAGCUUACAAUCUAACCAAAUGGAAUUGUAACAACUUCAGCAACACGGCAGCAGAAUUUUUGAUUGGGAAAGGCAUCCCAGAGGAAUACUUGACAUUUAUAGACAAAGUUAGAAACUCUCCGCAUGGCGAAACUAUUCUCCGCAUUAUAGAGGAGGCCAGGAAAAAUAGCGCAUUUGUCGUACCAGGACAAGAUAAUGCAGUAGUAUAA